UUGGUAGUCCGGACAGCUGUUUUUAUGAGGGAAGGUACCUGACAUAACUCUGUGACAUUUUUAGGAUUUAUUUUGUAAGAAAAGAGUUUCCUUCAGCAAACUAAACACUCUCCAAAUUAGAAAUAAUGACCAUUCUACCCGCCAUUCGUAAUAGCACAGAGGAAAACAAAGAAACUAACCCACAGAAUGGAUCUGUGGAUAGAAGUAACAGAAGAAGUGACAUUAGUUCAAUACAAAUAGCUGAGAAUAAUACAAGUGCAAGGAGAUCACCUUUUCCAUUAAAAGAACGCCUUAGAAAAAGAUUUAAGGAGUCAAAUCGGUCGCGAGAUCUUGAAAGAGAGAGAGAACAGAAACGGGAGAUCCGCAGAGAACAAAAACGAGAUAGAAUUGCGGUUGCUAAAAGAGAUAUUGGAGCAGAGCCAUUAUUGGAUAAUACAUCGGACAACGUUGAGCAGGCUGUUGAACCUCCGUGCAAUAAUAGUUUAACGAAAGCAAAUGAACUAAAAGAAGAAUCAACAGGGUUUAACAGCGAAGAUGAAUAUGAUGAAAAUAGCUUUAAGAACAGGCUCCUUUCUGAUGAAGAGUGGCAGAAGAGAGAUGAAUUUUUCUACCGUUGUAUGUCUAGCUUAGGAUGGGAAAUUAAACAGAUGAAUGAAGAUGGUGCAUGCCUCUUUAGAUCCAUCGCUGAUCAAAUUUACGGCGAUCAGGAACUUCACCACCAAGUCAGACAAGAUUGUAUGAACUAUAUUGUUAAAAAUCGUGAUUAUUUCGAGCCGUAUGUUACUGAAGAUUUUGAUAAAUAUGUGGCCAGAAAACGCACAUGGUAUGUUCAUGGUAACCAUCUCGAAAUUCAAGCAAUGAGUGAACUAUACAACCGAAAUAUAGAAGUGUACUGUUACCAGAUUGAGCCAAUCAAUAUUUUCAAUUGCUCCUCUAGAUUAGUGAACAGUUAUGAGCCAAUUAGACUUUCCUAUCACAGAAUGUGCCACUACAAUUCAAUCAGCGAUCCUAGUAAACCAUCUGUAGGGGUUGGUCUAGGUUUGCCAAACUACCAUCCUAUUGACAUUGACAGAAGGCGCGUCCAUGAUGCGGUCAGAGCCAGUGAGCAAUUACUUAUUGAACAGACUAUGCUUGAAGAUAAACUAAAAGCAACUGACUGGGAGGCCACAAAUGAAGCCAUAGAAGAGCAAGUAGCAAGAGAAUCAUACAUUCAAUAUUUUCGCGAUACUGAAAAGAGGUUAAAGCAACAAGGACAUCCACUAGCUAGUGGCAGCAGCUCUACUAUCACCUCAGCAUCAAUUUCGAGUCCACGAACAACAGCUUCUCGUAGGGGAUCUGUUUCUCCCAAAGGUUGUCAGUCUCCUAAGGCUAGUAGUUCACCCAAGAGUACUAAUGUAACUCCAUUGGCAUCUCCACGAAAUACAUUCGGGUCGACCACUGAAACUGAUACCCGAGAUGUUGUUUUACCUUCCUAUGUACCUACAAAAGAAGAAGAAGCUUUUGCUAAAAGAGUAUAUAACUCGCCUCGUAGAAUUUCAGAGCAGAAUGAUACAGAUUUCUCUAUUGGAAAUUUUAUAGCCAAGGAAGAAGCUGGCUCUUCUUCUCUUUUUGGUAGUAAUCUUGGUGGAUAUGAAGAUUUUGAUCAAGAAAUCAUGGCACAGGUCCUAGCAGAAUCACAGCAGAUGUAUUUAGAUGAGCUUAAAAUUAAGAGCAGAAAGAGGAAUGGUUCUCCUGAACCUUCAACGUCCAGCUAAACUUCUUUAAAUACGCUGACAAAUGUCAUAAUAAUGGGAAAAAUUUUUAGUUUUCAGCUUGGUCUCAAUGAUAACAUAUAAGGUGAUGUAAAUGUUCUGACAUAUAGACCAACAUACCUUGCUUACAAUAUUCAAAAAUUAAUAUUUAUUGUGUUAUAUCUCUAUAUCUAUUUACAUGUCGCUAAAUUGUUUUAAAAAAGUGUAUAAUUAUAAUUAUAUAAAUUUAUAGUUUAAAUGAGUGACUAUGUCAUUUAAUUAUAUACCGUUUUUUACAUAGUGACAAUAUGUAAUAUAUGCAUAGUUUAUUA